GACGCAUGUGGCUAUCUUAAGGAACGUAACGAGCAUGUUAUGUAUGGUCCUAGAUAGAAGCGCGAAAGAAGGAUUACGGUUAACGUUCCUUACCUCGUCUUAAGCUAGUGGGCGCUGGCAACUUUACAGCAUGUCGACUGAUUUAUGUUCAGGGUCUUCAUCAAAUGAUGCAUCUCGAACUGUAGCUCGCGACCUGCUGGCUUUGCUCGCGGAUGCCGCUGAGACACACGACGUCGUCAUUAAAACUGCGGAUGAGCGCCAGUUCCCUGCUCACCGCAGCAUCCUAAUUGCGCGCUGUAGUUACUUUAAGGCUCUGUUUAAAGGCGGCUUUUCGGAUAGCUCUGCUCCAGAAGUGGACCUGCCCGGUGCCGAUCCCGACGCCCUGGCCCUCUUACUUCGCUUCAUCUACGGCGGCAUCCUGGAUAGCUGUAACCGAACUGUCUUAAAGCCUGCAAUAGAACUGGCGGAUCGGCUACUACUGAACGACGCGCAGGCCAUGCUGCUCCAGCGCCUCUUGUCAACAGCCACCGCAGAAACAAUCACCCACGACCUGCUGUGGGCCGAUGAGCGCGGCUACAAGGACGUCGUGGCCAAACUCCAGCAGGCCUACGUUCAGCAGUAUGCGCGCGGCUUGAGCCUUGAAGCCGUCUCGCUGCUUGCGGAGGCCAACCCGCAGCUCAUGGCGCGUCUGCACAUGGCGGUGCUCGCUUCGCAAAGCUCAUCAAGUGCUGCGACCCAGGCGCCUGUAGCGCCAAAGGCGCCUGCUGCUCCCCAGGUGCCUGCUGCCCAGCCUGGAGUUCGUUUUGCAUUCGGGGCGCCAGCCGCGCCCUCCUGCUCCAUGCCCGCCGCGCCAGGCUUCGGCUUCGGCAUCGCACCCUUCGGUAGCGUACCCUCCGGCAGCGUACCCUUCGGCGGCAAACCCAUUUAACGCAGCCCGUCCCGUGGGCAAAUGGCACGGCAGGCGACAUGCCCCGGGUGAACAUAACGGCCGGCUGUGGAGGGUCCAUCCUUAGCUGAGGGGCGGUUGGUGGUCGGCUGGUGCGUGGGUGCUGUGGGACGCUUGCAUGUGGUUUGCCGUGUGUGGCUUUACUGGAGAGACGCUGGAUGGUUGCUGUGAAUGCUGUCAUGGCUGUGCUUCACUGGUGCUGCUUGGGUCGUCAUUAUCAUGACCAUCAUCAUUAUCAUCAUCAUUGUCAUCGUCAUCACAUCAGGCGGAAGAGAAGAAGUAAGACCGUGCGUUGAGUGAUAGUUGCAUCCUUACUGCAUGCGGGGUGGGAAGCUGAGGAAGUGGGGGCGUUGCAGGUAGGCAUGUAGGGCAGGCAGGCGUGUUCAUAGAUGUGUGGUUCCAGCAAAUGUACUGAUUGCUGGACAAUUUAUUACAACUACAACAUGUGAGGUAUGUAUCUCAGGUGGGGGAGCGCAUUGCUCGCUGCGCAUGUAUUGGAUAUUUGUUGGACGUAGCUACAUUGUGUUGACAUCUUUGGCGGCUGGCAGGUGUUGCGUUAUGAUAUUUGUAUUUCAGAUGCAUCGGCGUUGCCAUCGGCUUUUAAGCAGGUUUGGUUUGGUUCGGAUCGCCCUUUAGAUGUGGUUUGAGGGGCGUAUGUUCGGCCGCAUACAUUCGUUCUUAAUAGGCGAGGUUUAGAAUAGGUCCGGUAUGGUGUUCUGGUUGGAGGUGGUUCUGUGCAGUUCCUUCCACCGCAACACAUGAGUGUGGUCCUUAGAUGUCCAUUUUUCCUUGGGAACUGCGUCCUGGUGCUUGAACCAAUGCCGCAACACGCAUCUGAACGUGUUCACGUGGACGAAUGGGCUUCCCUGCAGUACUGCCGUGUGAAUGCUUCUGGAUGCGAGCUCCAGAGGCCAACAGUACCAGUACUAAGGGGCCGUUAUCCGGUAUGCAGCUUGCCUCGCGUAGGUGUUGGUGUGGCACAGUUGCUUUGUUGUACUUGCCGUUAGCGGCGGCAAGCACACGAUGCCGUGUGUUGCUGGCUACCAGCCCCUGCCUGCCAAUCGCCCAUGAACACGGCCUGCAACAACCGUUGUACAACAC